AUGCCAUCGUACAGCACCGUCGAUGAAAAGGCGCGGCCGUCCACCCUAGCGACCGAGGCCGCGCCGCUACUCGAGGCAAAGAUGUCCGGCUUUCCGACGGCUUCCUUCGCCGGCGCACUCACCCGCCCGGCCACUCAACGGCUCCCGCAGACCAUCGCGCACCGCGGCUACAAGGCGGCGUGGCCGGAGAACACGAUGGGCGCAUUCCAGGGCGCCGUCGCCGUCGGCGCGCACGCCAUCGAGACGGACGUGCACUUGACCAAGGACAAGGUCGUUGUGCUGUCGCAUGACGGGAACCUGGUCCGGUGUUUCGGGCGCAAGGACAAGAUCGCCGACUGCGACUGGGAGUUUCUGAGCACGCUGCGCACGACGAGGGAGCCGCGCUCGCCCAUGCCGAGGCUGCUCGACCUGUUGACGUACCUGGCGCAGCCCGGGCUGGAGGACAUCUGGGUCCUGAUCGAUAUCAAGCGCGACGACGACCCGGACGAGCUCAUGCACCACAUCGCCAAGACCUUUGACGCCGCUCCCGUCUCCCGCCCCUGGCGGGAGAGGAUCAUCAUCGGCUGCUGGGACGCAACCUUCAUGCGCCGCAGCGAGCAGCACCUGCCGGGCUUCCCUAUCGCCUACAUCGGCUGGAGCCUGCCCUACGCCACGGCCCUCCUCCGGCACGAGGGCGUGUCCUUCAACCUGCAGCAGCGCGUGCUCGUCGGGCCCUGGGGCGCCCGCUUCCUGCGCCGGGCGCGCGAGCUCGGGCGCGCCGUGUUCGUGUGGACCGUCAACGACGAGGAGUGGAUGGAGUGGAGCGUGCGCAAGGAGAUCGACGGGGUCAUCACCGACGACCCCAAGCUGUUCCUCGACGUGUGCCGGCGGCACGACGACCACGACGACCACGACGACGGCAGCGGUGGUGGUGGUGGUGGUACCGACGGUGACGUUGCUGCUGCCGCACCAAAAAGGAAGAGGACGGGGCUGCGGAGGUGGAUCCGCCUGUAUGGCCUUGUCGCAGUCUUACAGAUGUUGGCUCUUGCGUUUGUGAUUGUGAUGAGGCUGAGAUAUGGCUCCGAUACGAAGCGGGUGAAGAAGGCGUUGGGGAGGUAG